AAGAUUUGAUCCAAGAUGGCACAGGUGUUGGAUGCACAGAGAGAACAGCCCAUCUUCACCACCAGAGCCCAUGUCUUCCAAAUUGACCCCAGCACGAAGAAGAACUGGGUUCCUGCAAGCAAGCAGGCUGUAACUGUUUCCUACUUCUAUGACAGCACGAGAAACAGCUAUCGGAUUAUCAGUGUGGAUGGAGCCAAGGUGAUCAUAAACAGCACCAUCACCCCCAACAUGACCUUCACCAAAACGUCACAGAAGUUUGGGCAGUGGGCAGACAGCAGAGCCAACACCGUGUUCGGGCUGGGCUUCCCCUCUGAGCAGCAGCUGACAAAGUUUGCAGAGAAGUUCCAAGAAGUAAAAGAAGCUGCCAAACUUGCAAGAGACAGAUCUCAAGAGAAAAUUGAAACCUCAAGCAAUCAUUCACAGACCAGCUUUGCAGCCAAGAUGAAAAGGGAGAUGCAGGAGACACCCAGUGUUCGUUUGUGUGUUGUGCUGCAGGAGUCUGGACGUGAAACACCAUCUUCCACUCGAGCUUCAAGCGUGAAUGGCACAGACGACGAGAAGGCAUCACAUGGUGGCCCUGCUGAGGCACAUCUCAAAUCUGAGAAUGAUAAAUUAAAAUUUGCUCUAGCCCAAAGUUCAUCCAACGUGAAGAAGUGGGAGACGGAGCUGCAGUCGCUGCGGGAGAGCAACGCGCGGCUCUCCACAGCCCUGCAGGAGUCGGCGGCCAGCAUCGAGCACUGGAAGAAGCAGUUCUCAGCCUGCAAGGAGGAGAACGACCAGCUGAGGGGCAAGAUUGAAGAACUGGAGGAACAGUGCAAUGAAAUAAAUAAAGAAAAGGAAAGAAAUGCACAGCUGAGUAGACGUCUUCAGGAACUGGAAACAGAACUUCAGGACAAAGAGCUGGAACUGGAAGAGCUCCGAAAGCAGGGUGAAAUUAUACCAGAGCUAAUGUCAGAAUGUGAAUCUGUAUCUGAACAAUUACAGGCUGCUGAGAAAAAGAACAAAGAUCUUGAAGAGAAAGUCAGAACGCUAAGGACAGAAGUCGAAGAGAACAAACAUAGGCAGACGAACCUUAAAACUGAAUUAAAGAAUUUUUUAGAUGUACUAGACGGGAAGAUAGAUGAAUUACACGAUUUUCGACAAGGACUGUCUAAACUUGGGGUUGACAAUUAGAUGGCAAUAGAUCUUUUUUGUAAUCUAGGGUCUGGAUGUUUGAUGUUUUGUUGAUCCCAAACGUGUGUUUUACAAAAUAUAACUAGAAUGUUCCACUUGUUUGCAUUGGUUUUGUACAUAGAGGCUGAAAAUUUGCUGUGGGUUUUUUUGGUGGGUUUCUUUUUUUUUGUUUGUUUAUUUACCAAACCAAUCAUGCUGCUCACUGAAUUCUAUUGCGAUUAGAAACUUUCUAUAUUGCUGCUCUGGCUUUGUGGGGUUGGGAACAGGUAGAGGGUUCUGUCUCAGGAAUCUGGAACUAGAUCUACCUUAAAAUGAAUAUGCAGUUAGUUGUUGCAGGGAAAUUUAUAUCUUUCUUAAGGGCUGUUGCAACCAUAGAAACAGAAAAGAAGUAAUUUUCUUGUCGGACUAUCAGCACUCUUAGCAGAAUUGACUUUAUUCCGUGGUGGAGCAGAGAGAUUAGCUGGAGCCCCUGCAGUUUGUAAAAUGUGCCUGUGAUGAGCUGCAGUCAGGAGAAUCACUUCUCACAGAUACCAGUAUCUUUAGGGACCAUGUCAGUCAGGCCCAAUUCAGCCAAAAAAUGCAGUGGAUUUCAGAUAACCUCUGAUAGAGGUUUCAUGUGCUUACCUGGACCCAUACAACACAAAGUCAACAAUGCAGAAAUGAGUUUCAGCUCGUGAAGUCAUGUGUCUCACCAGUCAGUGAGAACAGCUUCUCUUGCUUAGCAGCAUCACCUCUCUCUGGCCUUCAGUUUUGAACCCAUGUAGUUCCAUCAUUAUGUGCAUCUCUGAAAAAUGCCCACCUGAGUCUGGGGACCAGAUAUUUAUUUUAAAAGUGAUACGUUGCUGGUUUGUACAGGACUCAUGCCCUUCUGUGUGCAGCUUGAUUGUUGUUGAUCUGCAGCAGUGAGGAAGGAGACGUGGAUCUGAAAAGCAUCAUAAGGUUACUGGAAGGUGUUGCUCAGAAGCAAAUUUCUGCCCAGAGACUGGCAGGGCAAUGGCCAUGGGAAAUCAAAGUCCUUUCCUAGGAUUUCUGUGUUCUCUGGCAGUAGGGUAGGAAUUAGUCACCAAGUUAGGUUGUACGAAAAAAACCCCUCAACCCGAGAGGCAGAAAUGUUCUUUUAUUCUUUAACUGAUUAUUCAGCAGCUCUAAGAGUGUGUUGAGAAAUGCAAGGUCAUACCCUGCCCUUCAGUGAGAAGAAAGUUCAGUUCAUCACAGACUGGGAUGUAAAAAGGGUGAGAGAGGAGAAUCCAGCCCAAACCUGGCUCUUUCCCCUAGGACUUUCUUCAGUUUCUUUCUCUUCUUUCUCCAUAACCUGUUUUGAGGGUGUUUAAUUAAUUAAUUAAUUAAUUCAGGAAAGUACUUCUGUGUAUGUACAUGACAUUGUAAUUUGCUUGAUUCAGACGACAGUUUUAGUGCUUGCCAGCAGGGACUGAUAUAAAAUGGCCAUGCUUUUCUUGGAAUUCCAGGGCUUUUUCCUUUUUUUGGCACAUCUUGGUUAUUAAAGUGACCUUUAAAAGAAAGGUGGGUUGCAGAUGAAACAUGCAUUGAAUAUUUUUUUGCAGAUGAAUAUAAAAUCCCCGAGGUGGAGAUAGGAUCUGCAACUGUCCCUUGAAUUUUCAUUUCAUCUGUUACUGUUACAUUAUUUUCAUUGCCUGUUUUUUAGAAUGGACGUUGAGUAUUUUUGCUUUUACUCCUUUGAAACAAUGGAUGUGAAGCUAGGGCAUUUUGUAACCAUUAUGACCAUUGACAUCUCUUUUUUUAAAAAAAAAUUUAUUUAGGCUGUUGAUAUUUAAAAAUAAAAAUAAAAAUCAGGUACAUAGCAUGUAGGCGUGUGAAAAUUAGACUUUGCCAGCAUGGAAGAUUCAACAGUUGUAUAAUGUGGGGUUAGAUCAGACUUCUCAAAAUUGAAAAUGACGUCAGCAAGUGUGUGGUCGUGCACAAGUAGUCUCCAUUUUUAGACUUUUUAUUUGAUAGAAAGUCAGAUAUACACCAUAAUUUAGAAGGCAGCUCAUCCUGCUUCUCCUCUCCUCCCAUGCUGCUUUUUGGUCCCUGCAUCAGCUGGGAGCCACAGGAUAACACAAUUAGGAGCUGCAAGCAAUACUGGCAGUCAGGGCCCUGCUCCUCCCAGUGCUUCAUUGCUUUUGCACCAAGGACUCUGCCCUAUCUUCCUUUGACUACUGAGUGAUCUUAGAGCUUCUCUCUUUGUUUUAACAUAAAUUGUUUUUAACAUGAUGCUGGGUAAAAGAAUGCAAAAGACCGUGAAAAAAUUAGAUUAUUUGGCUUAAUCCAGAUCUUUGUUUUCCACUUCAGUCAGGUCUAUCACAGAUCCAGUUCAUUAGGAAUGUAUUAAGCCACUCUUAAAUUGCAAGAGAAGUGUUUCCAUGGGAUUGCAUUGAUUAAACAGAUGGAGUUUGAUGGUGGCACAUUAAGCCAGUGUAUAGCUGUGGCACAGACAGUUGUUUCUGGGUGCUUAGUGCCCACCAGAGGAGCAAUGGAGUGUCCUUAAAGAAAUCCCUGCCCUGUCUCUUCUGUCUUGCCCCAGAUGUAUGUAUCACAUAUCUGCCAUUGCUCUGAUGUUGAGUUCUUAGGGAUGCCUGUACAUAGCUUUAUGCUGUGAUAAAUUCUGUCCUUCAAGCCUCCAAGGGCUUGUUAUAAUUGCCUUCUUUCUUUUUCCUUCCCAACAGCAGUAAGUUCAGAGCUCCUAUGUAUAAUCACUUAAACUCCCCAAAAUGCCAUCUCUUUUAAGCUUUCCAUGUCUUCUACUGGAUUUUCCCUCUUCAAGAGAAAAAAGAGUGGCAGUGCAUGCUCUCAGGAGUGUUUAGGCACCAAUUGCAGCUGCCCUCUCUGGCCUGUCCCUGUCCCCACCCCAGGGGACCAAUGGUGUCACACACUGCCUAUUCCUUGGUGCUGUCUGGUGGCCCAGCACUAACCCAUGUGCCAAGCUGAGAGCCUCACACUGCUCCUCUGAGACUCAUCCCAGCACUGAAAUGCCUCCUCUGUCCUGAUGGGAGCACCAGGACAGCCAGCCUUCCCCCACCAAAAUGCACACACCAUCAGUGGAUGCACUGACCCUCCUUUUGUGCACAGCUGGAGUUUCACCUGUCCCUGGGGGCACCCUGAGCUCAGCUGGCAGACACCUGCUUAGGGAUGGCCCUAAAUACUGCCAGGGCCAGGAAAUACUCAUCCCUGUCCAAGAGAGGAUCUGCAGAGCUUGGUUUUACUUGUUACACAGUGCUGGGCUAAUCCUGGUCUCCCUGUGUCUAUCAGCAAUGCCUUGGUCAGUGCUCCACUUCCACCCAGCCUGAGCACAUUUACAGGGGGCUGUACCUCACCUUGGGUGACCAUGAGUGCCCUUUCUGGACACAGGUUUCUCCCUCUGAGUGGUUUUUGUGGCAGGAUCUCUCCUACCUCACUUACAUGGUCUUUCCUUAACCAAGGACAUGUGCUUGGCACUUCCCAGGUGGGUUUCUGUCAGCUGCACCCCCAUGGGUCCUGCCACACUCUCAUCCUGCCUGCCUGGCAGCUUCAGCAGGAAAAAUCUGUGCUGGCCUCCUGUGACACCAGGACAGAGUGGGACCUGCUGACCUCUGGGUGAGACGCUUCUUUGAGGUGGUGUUAGAGCUGCUGAAUAAUGCUAGGGUUUGAGGGGUUUUGAUAAAAUGAGAAAUAAACAGGUAUACUUUGUAUUACAUAAAAGCAAAAGUGACAUAAAAAAUGGAUAGAGUUAUUCUCAAGGGGAAAGAAUAUUCCAUUAGAUAUGUCACAUUUUGGAAAAAUAUCUUAGUCUCAUAUUAGGAAUAAAUUAUUUCAAAAUGAAAAAAUGGAAAUUUUUUGCACAGCUCAGAAUAAAGAAGAUUAACCUUUUUGGGUUUUUAUUACUUGGCUGAAUCUUUCUUUGCCAAUUCUGACUCAACUUCACAAGUAGUUCUGUUUGGCCUAGAAGUGCAUUUUCAGCAAAUGCAGUACUUUGCAGUGUUCUCUGUACACCUAAUUGGUGUCUCCUUUACUAAGUGAGCUCUCUAGAAGAAAAUUGUCUUUUCUUUAAAAAAAUUCAACACCACCUGUCAUUUUCUGUAUCCAAGCAUUCAAAAUAUGUACUUUCUACAAACAUUUUUACACUGGGUUCAUCUGUGGCCAGAAAACAAAUGUUAUUUAGACAAUACCUUUUUUUCUGGACAAACACCUGAUUUGCUUUUAUGUGAGUGAUUUAGGGAGAACAAUUUUUUAAAGCUGCUCAUUGAAUUAAGGUGAGCAGGAAGGGUUUCUGCUGUCCUGCCUGCUGUCCCUGCCACUGCCAUUGUCUUACAAGGGUACCAGCCAAAGCACUUGUGGUGCUCAGGCAGGGGCUCAGCUGCCCUGUCCAGUGAUUGCUCAGUUUGUUGGGCACAGGGAACACUGGCAGCAGGGCACAAAUUGUCAAGACUUCUGCUCUCUUCUCUAUGCUGUUUAUUUUUUUUCCCAAGUGUUCAUUUCUUUUCCUUAUUAAUUUUUUGCCACCUUUGGCUGCGUCAUAAGUGACAGAAGGAAAAUUCCCUGCUACUGUCACCACCUUGCUGUGGUGGGAGUUUCUCAGCUCUUCCUUAGGCUCUUCCAAAGAGUUACCUUGGCGUCAAAGCAUCGAUGGUUUGUAAGGAAUGUAGUGCUGUCUUCCUGAGCCUAUGGAUUAACAAAGAUAAAACCCCUGUCAGGGUGAAAUGCCUCACUCAGCAGGUGUAAGAGGAGGCCGCAGCAGCAGCAAUUUAUUUUUUUUUUCUAUUGUUUCAGCAGAGAUUUCAGUGAAAGAUGUGCUCUGCCCACGAGCUCUGGGUGGCCACACCGAUCCACCAGCCCCCCCAACCUUUGUCCGGGCAAUUCUGGGCUUGUCAGGCCUGCAAAUAUCAGAAUUCCUCAGCAUAUCACACAGGGGUGGUGUCGUGCACAGGCAACGUCCACACACAGGGCUGGGAGAGCACUGCAGCUGUGGGCAGACACUUCCAGACAGAAGCAGGAAAAGCUGUGUCUGUCCCUCAGGGCCUCGAAAAGCUGUGUCUGUCCCUCAGGGCCUCGAAAAGCUGUGUCUGUCCCUCAGGGCCUCAGCAGCAGCAGGGGCCUUGCAGAAGGGCAGGCCCUGCUCUUGGGGGGCUGAGGGGCAGCAAGGCUGGGCCUGCAGGGUCUGGUUGUGGGCACCAUUUAGCAACGGGAAGACAGAAAGCUACCCUAAGGUCAUUUUUCUUUCCAUGGAUGGUGUUCAGCAAGCACCUGUGUGUCAGGAAAAGCAAUCCACAGGCACAAGGUGAAUCCAGGCACACCUGAGCCAGGGAGCCCCGGCUGGCCCUCACAGCCUGGCCAGGGAUGGAUGCGGUGCCAUGGCCCCGGAGCUGGGCAGGGCUGUAGGCUCACUGAUAAGAAGUUUGCACAUCUUAAAUACCAUGCUCUGCUGUAAAUGAUAAGUGACAUAGAGUCAGGAGUUGAAUGAUAAAUGUGAUGAAGGUGCUUCCCAAAGCAGGGCUCUCCUGCAGGCUGUGGGCAAAGCUGGUCCUGGCCAGGAGGGCUCUGCUUGCAUCCCUGGGGGAUGUUGGAUGUCCAGCCUUUGAUUUUUUAUUGUGUUUUAUGCUAGCUCUUCUUCUUCUUUUUUCUUUUUUUUUUCUUUUUCUUUUUUUUUUUUAAGCAAGUAGCCUGAACAUACAAUCUUCAGAUGAAGGUGCCUAUACUUCCAGAAAUUUUAUAUGCACAUUUUGAAAGUCAGUUACCUUAGUUACCUAAUAAUAAUGGUACAUACAAGGAAGGCACUUGAGAAAAAUCUGUCUGCUAUUGUAUUUUUGUUUGGGUUGGGUUUGUUUGUUUUUUUAACACUGGUCAGCAAUAAUUAUUUUAGCCAUAUACUAGCUAAAAAGACUGAUAAGUAAGAUUAGUGAACUAAGCUUCUAAGUUUGCAGGAUUUUGAUUAACCUGGGUACGUGAUGAGGAAGCUAUGCUCAGUUAAAGAGUAUUUUGCAGCAUUUAGAUGUUUUCAUUUAAUUGCCUAAUAGUGAUCAUGAACAUAAUAUUCUAUAAAUCUCAUCAUGAAUGACAAACAAAGCACAUCGUUUUUAACAUGAAUAUAUCCCUUGUAGUUGAAAGUUCUGAGAGUGUACUAGUGUGGUCUGCUAUACCAAAAUAUUUAGAUUAUUAUGAGGUUUAGUACUGAAGAUAAACAUACACCCUGUUUUUACUGUUUCAAGUAAAGUUUAGUGAAUGACAAUUUGUUGAUAUACAACUGUGGGAAAACACUGCAGUGCUCUAAAUGUAUAUUUUUAUUUGGGUUUAUUAUAUUUAGUAAAUGUUUCAAUGAAAACUGAAGUGUUUGCUACAGUUGGAUCAUUGUAAAAACAUCUCUUACCUCAUUUUGUCUGCUGUAAAAAAGUACUAUCCUCUUUUUCUUUUUUUCAAAUUGACCAUAGACAGUCAAUGUUAAUAUUUAGACUCCUAGUAGCAGUAAAUGCUGGGUUUUAUAUCUAUAAAAUGAAAACUUGAUUUUUUUUCUUUAUGAACUUAUUAUAUAACUUUGUGAUUUUUAUCUGAUUUUAUUGUAACAUAAAGUUGUUUUAUGUAAAAAUAUAUAGUUUAAGUAAAA